AUGGAACGACCAAAUAAUUGGAAUACCUUGGAUCGUGGGACAGUCUCCACCGUCGAUUCCAACCUCGUUCAUCGUGGCCGUUCCAAGAACAUGGAGAAAGCAAGCAAGCGAUCAAUUAUGUCUCUUUUCGCAACCACUUGCCACGUCGCACGUGUCAUAAUUCGAUGGCGCUGCGCUGGUCCUCCCUCCAGGGCCGCACGUGUAACGGGCAGAAAAAGAAGCAGCUGCCCGCAGGCCACGGGUAGUGGGUGCGGGCCCGGGAGACAAGGACCUGGGAAGUAG